GCUAAGCUAGGGAUCCUCACGAACAGAUGUUCCGCAUAAAAUACAACAAAUACGCACCAUUUGUGAAAUACUCUUUAUUCAGUCAUGUCAACACGGCGGUGGAAAAAAGGAAACUAUUGCGGCAGAAUUUAAUUUGACGAGCGUACGUCACUCAUGAUUGUAUUGUAAGUUUACCGCAGCUAACUGGCUAAGAGACGUGGAGCAAAAGUGAAAGAAGAAAAGGAGCUUCAUGACUGAAAGCUGUUGGAAUUUAACUUUAGUCAAACUAAAAAAAGGUAAGUUAGUUCAUGAUUAUUACAACUUUAUUUCCCAGGCAGCUGCCACUAAUAUCGCUACUUCCUUGUAUUGUGUUGAUAUUAACAAUGGGGCGUAUCUAUCACAUGUCAACGUCUCUUUUGGCCCAGAUGAGAACAUAAACUACUCAGAAAUGGAUUUAGUUUUAAGCUUUAUUGUGUGAUUUGUUUUCUAUAAGUGUUCUGAUUUGAGCAUAUAUGGAUCUAAGAUUGCAACCUAAUAAAAUAGACAGGAUUUAAUAAAUAUCUCCUAGCAAAAACAAGAGAAAAAACACUUUCUAAUAUUUGUUUGCUUAAUUUUUUUAGGUAUUUUAUUUGACCAAGAUUGAUGAGCCUGGUGUUGCGUUAAGUCUCCAUUUACAUCCUAAAUAUUUUCAAUGGCUUGAUGUUUAUAUCUGAUUUUUUAUUGUAUAUGUUUUGAUUGCUAUUCAGGCAACACUAGAGGGAACACAUGAAGGUUUACCACACUUAACCAGCCUUGUUUCUACACUAGCAUUAUAAUAGCUCAUCAGACAUUAAUUUUAAUCAAAUAGUACUUUUUUAUACAUAUACAUUUUCCUUAAGUUCUGUUCAGUCCCUCAAUGCUGAUUUCUCUCUUCUUUGUGUGUAACUGUUAAAAAUGCAAUAGGUUAUAAUAAUCACAAAUGUCUAAUGUCUCAAUCAUGAGGGAAGGAAGGUUGCAUUGAAACAGAUUUCCUUUUCAGCAGGAAGGUUGUCAGUUUUUCUCCUUUUAGUCAGUCUCCUUAGCCAGUUCUAUCACAUGUACAGCACAUGCAGAUAAUCAAAAUUGCAAUUUCUCUCCAAUCAUUAGUGCAAUAAAUUGACAUCUGAACAUAAAGACUAACAUGGCUGAAAAUAACACUGACAAAAUGAAUAAGAAUUUAAAAGCAUUAAAUUCCACAAAAUAAAAUGCCAAUAAAAAUUGACACAGCUUAAGAUAACACUAACAGAAAAAUAAUAAAAAGAUCAAAGUUCAGUGUUGCAUGGAGGGGGUAAGAGAAGAGAGGGAAGAGGUAAGGAUGGAAGGGAGUUCAACUUUCCAACUGCCUGAUGAAUGAAGCUGUCCUUUAAUCUGUUGGUCCGUGCCUGGAGACUUCACAGUCUCCUCCAUGAUGGCAGCAGACUAAAGAGGCAGUGUGACAGGUGAGUAGGGUCACCUGCAAUGGCGAGGGCUCUGCAGGUAAGAAGGCUGUUAGAUGUCCUGAAGGGAGGAAAGAGAGACACCAACAGUCCUCUUUGCCGCUCACUAUGCGCUGGAGUGACUUCCGGCAGGAUGCAUUACAAGCACCAUACCACACAGUGAAGCAGUAGGUUAAGAUGCUUUCAGUGGUGCCUUUGUAGAAAGUACACAUGAUGGAGGCCGAAGAGGGUCAUAAACAUAAGCCCAAUCCGAAUACUCGCACUGCACCCUACGGUCUUCGGUGAAGUGCACUUGGAGGAAGUAAGGCUUCGAGUUUGUAUUACCCAAGUGUUCAAAUAAUUACCGAACUAGGACAGGAAGUGUUGUGUCAUCGACCACAGCGCAUGCUGCAAGCAAUGGAUUAUGGGUAAUAUCCUUUGCUCAACUCCACAUCGAUGCAGACUUGGGAUAAGUGCGGAUCAAGGUUGCAAAAGGGGUGAGGUCAACUUCCACACUUGAGGAUCGGUACACCUACCCUGGCCAGCCAUGCCAAGGCUUCCAUAUGGGAAGCAAAGGGCCUCGUAACGCUCCCAUUCAAAUAACCCCACCCCCUGAGAAUUCUAACUGAGCCAAUCAGCGCUGAGCAGCGUACGUCACACACCACAACACUCAGUAUCUCAUAAACAACAAAGAUGGCAUCUGAGGUGAAGGUUUGCUGUGGCUCUUUCCUUUGUUCUAAAUGACUUGGACAUGUCUUUAAAACCACAACAAGAAGAAGCACUAAAAGCUUUUCUACUAAAGACGUUUGUGCCGUCGUCAGACAGUUGUCAUUUACACCUUUUUUCUUAUUGGUUAUGUUUGAGCUGGCUAGUCCCGCCCCUCAUUGUGCUCUCUGCCUCUGAGUAUCCAGACUCGUCCUCUGUGUAGAAUAAACAGGGCGGGACUUGCAGGCCAGGCUAGGGGACACCCUACACACUUGCACCCCUGGACUGAAGCGUGAAAUUAAAGGGUGCAAGUGUGGAAAUGCGAGUAUUGGGAAUGGGCCAUAGUUUACAAUCUGUCCCGCCUCCAUACUUCCUGGUUCCAAAGCGAAUAACAAUUGAGCCUACAAGGUUGCAAAGUCUUCAAUGCAAAUGCUUCUGCGCCAGCAUUUAUAAUUCCACACUAGCUGGAAAAAGCAGCAAUGUUGAAGAAAUAAUGUUGACCAGAAAAAUGAGCGGUUCAGAAGUCAUUUCUUGCACCCAUAAGAAGCCAUGGAAUUUCGAUAUAACUGUGAAAUGUAUUUAUUUACUUAUCAACGUACCAAGUACAUGCUGAUCUGUAUGGCGACAGCAACUGUUUUUAAACAUGGCCUGCAGUACCCACAUUUGACCACAGGAUGUCCUUCUUACUUCAUGCACCUUUACCCUUUAGCUAAUUCUAUUAUAGAAAGACUAGGGAGUUUGGGCUUUUUUUUAGCACCCACUAAUGUUCGUUUAAGAGAACCACAAGCAAAACUUAUCUCCUCGCUGUGCGUUUGUCUUUUUAAUCUAACAGCUGAAAUGUCUCCCCAGCCUUUAUUAGUUUCUAAUCUGAGUGACAUUUCAUUAACCCUGUAAAGGGUCAUUGUAGCAAAUACCGGCUCAAGAAAACGAUUUAAAAAUACAAAAAAGUUGCGUAGUAUACCUUUAAAAACUUUUAUGUAUUUGCUGUUUAUUUUAACCAUGACACAAACGUUUGUUUUUUUCCGGUCACAUUUUUUUAAAUGAUGAUGGUUCACCACCGCCACGUUUCUGUUUAGAGGAAAUGAUCUGCAGACCAAUACUUCUUACCCAGCCUGAACAUCCUGAGUUCAGAGGCUUGAGGUCCUACCUUACAUUUGGUCUGUCUACACCCGAGUUGUUAUUCUAAGCCUUUUUCUGCCAUCAGUUUUUUAUUACAUUGAUGUUUAUGUGGAAUUUGAUGGGUUGGAUCCGUUUUGACUUAAUCAUUCCUUCUUUUUCAAAGGGAGGUUUUCGUGAAACAAAACCAUGAUUGCUCCCUGAGUUACGACUCGAGGUUCUGCGUCAUGGAUUCUUGAAUCAAAAGAAAAAGGAUUAUUCAAAGCCUCCAGGCACUCCUGGUUGUUUUUGGACCAGAGGGCCACCGUCCAGCUGGUCCCACCUCCCUGACCAGAGGGAGCAAGCAGAUGGGGAACUGUUGGUGUCAAAAUGAAAGUCCCUGUGGCAGCGCGGAGGAGAGGAGUGGAUUACUGAAGGAUGACUCAAAGACCACAUGCACUAGUGAAAGAGCAGCAAUCGGCACCUGUGGUCCCGAUGCAGACGACAACAUGAGGAGGAGGUUUGGUGAGGAGGCAGAGGAGGUGAAAGCGAAGCAGCAGAAGCUUGAGAAUAAAGAGUUGGAGCCCAAAAACACUCAGGAAAAUGGACAUUUACAGAUGGAAAACGUCCAGGAAGGAAAAGAUGCUGCAAGCGAAGCAUCUGAAGUCAAAGAGGACUCAGCUGGAGAGAAACACGAAGGAAGAAGAGAUUCUCUGGCUCAAAAAUGCACUUUAAACUCGCCGGGGAAAGGCCACUUCACAGCUGAUGGUAAGUGUGUGAAAGCUUCAAAAUCUGAACCAGAUGAAGAAAAUCGAACGUCGGGACAGGAAACUAAAACAGACGGAGUCUCGUCGUCAACCGAAGCCGUCUGCCCUGAGACCCCUCCCCAUCCUGAGACUAACCCAUCAACAGAACGCGUCACAGCUUCUCAUGCUGAUGUUGAAAACGAAAGCUCCAGUGAUGCUGUCAGAGCUGUAGCCAGACCUCCAGGAGAGUCAUCAGUGCCGAAGCCUGAGCCAGCUGCAGCUUCCUCUGCAGUCGGUCAGGUGGCACAAGCUCUCAGCUGCGCUGUGACGGAGCGUUUGGACAAUAGUGGCUCCUCUCCAUGUGGAGAGGACGCUUCUGAGGGCAUGUCCCUGUCCUCUCCUGGACUCGACCACAGCGAGGAGAAGAUGGACUCCAUCCAAGAGCCAGAAGCCACAGCUCCAGAUGAAGCCAGGAACAGCUUCAAGUCCGAUAUGGAUGAAAAACCAGAUCCUAAAUGCCUGAGUGCUGCUGAGCUGAAAGAAGUAACUUCCUUUGAGAAAACCAAACAGGAUGCUGCAGAGGAAACCGUGCAGAAAGAUGUUACCAAAGAGAGGGACGAUGGAAUAAAGGAGGAAGGAGGUGCUGUCACAGGAACAGAAGUUGCUCAGGAGAAGGAUCUUGAAGACCAGGAGGUGACUGAGAAAGAGGAGGAACUGGGAGGAAGUUUGGACACAAAGGUGGAUGAUGGACCUGCUACUGAAGAAGAUAAUCUGGAGGGCAGUGAAGAAGACCUGUACAGAGGAGCUGAAGAGCAGUCUGCAUCACAAAUUUUAGGCAUGGCGGACAGAUGCAGUUUGUCUCCGGCUGUGGACAUUUUGUCUUACAGCGAGAGAGAGUGGAAAGGAAAUACAGCCAAAAGUGCUCUUAUUAAAAAGGGUUAUAAAGAGAUGUCCCAGAAGUUUGACGGUGUGAGGAGAGUAAGGGGGGACAACUACUGCGCCCUCAGAGCCACGUUGUUCCAGGUGUUGUUCCAAACCACCAGGCUGCCUCUGUGGCUGCAAGAGGAUGAUGUUCUGCUGCUGUCGAAGCAGCUUGAGGCUGAAGGAGGACUGAUAAGCCAGUGGAGAUUUCCUGGAGAGUGUGAGGCGGGAGAUGGAGAUGCUGCUCAGCGGCUGAAGGGCUACGUGGAGCUUCUCCGGAGCACGUGGAAGGCAGCAGUGGACUGUCCCUCUGCUGCGGAGCGACAGAAACUCUGCGAGCGAGUGUUUCAGGGUGGAGAAGAGGAGCUGGGCCUGCUGGAGGCGAUUAAGCUGCUGAUGCUGGGCCGAGCGGUGGAGCUGCACAGCUGCAUGCUGGGAGGUGGAGAGGUCCCUCUCUUCUGCUGGCUGCUGUUUGCUCGGGACUCGUCCGGCUGUCCGCGUUCAUUUCUCUCCAACCACCUCAGGCUCGUGGGCCUCAGCGCCGGGCUGGAGCAGGUGGAGAUGUUCCUGCUGGGCUACGCCCUGCAGCACACCAUUCAAGUUUACAGACUCUACAAGGCCAACACCGAGGAGUUCAUCACCUUCUACCCAGAUGACCAUAAGGACGACUGGCCGUCCGUUUGCCUCGUCACCGAGGACGACCGCCACUACAACGUGCCCGUUGUAGAAGCUGCAGAGCUCAAAGAGCUCACUUCCAGCUGAUGGAUGCUGCAGGGGAACCUCUUGGUGUUCAAGCACCCCUCAGGUCCACCCACAUCACACCCUUGAUGCCAGUUUGGAGAGGAGUUUUAGGAAAUAUGCUUCCAUAAAGUAAGAUGAGCAGUUGUUAGCUUAACUAAAACAUCUUGAAAGGUUCCACCUGUCUGUGACUGCUGCUGAAAAAUUACACAACAAAAUUCUCGAUGGAGUUUCCAGAGAGUCCCAAAACAUUUGCAAGGUUUUAAAGUCACAGGACCUUGCUUUUGUGUCCCUGGAGGUUUUAACCUGUCCAAAAUAUCUGGGCAACACAUUUUCUCCUAAAAUAGUCAGCUGUUACAGGUUCCUGGAACUCGUCUCAAAUCUUCUCAGUUUAGCUUCCGCCAGUCAAAGUGCCAAAAAAUCAGGACCGCUUCAGGAGGGUAACCCGCGCUAAACCUUUCUCACGAAGACCAGCUCAGUGGGAGACACUGUGUGAAAGCCCAUUCCUUAAAGCGACGGUUCAAACGGUUAGCACAACGGGUACAUGGAUUAAAUUAAUGAUUAAUUACCUUUAACAUGUUUGUUUUGUGUUGUAUGUUUAUAAUCAGUAUUUAUCACCCUUACAGACGUCUCCAAAGUUUUGUCAAAAUGCCACAAAACGUCCUUUGUUUGUACAUUUGAUUUUAUUUGAAUGGUAAGUCGUUGCCAAGUGCAGCCAUGCCAGUAUUUGAUCAAACUCAGAGCAGGAAGUGGAUUUAAGUUGGUGUCUUUAAUAAAACUGAUCUUAAAGAAAAGCUCGUUUUAGGAACAGACGAGGCUCCAGGUUAUAAUCUUUGGUUUCUUGCCUCCAUCAAACCAACCAACCAGAGAAGCACAUAUCCCAAAACAGCUUCCACCUAGAUGCCGACUCAAGACCCCGUACAAGGUGUUUCUACACCUGUAUGCACUGUACUGUAGUUUUCUACCCGAGUAUUUGUACAUAUCUGAUUUUUGGAAUCAUGUUAAAGUGUUGAUAUGAGCUUCAGAUUUAACUUAACAUUUGAAUUGAAAAAAAAAAAUCUAAGUGAUGCAAAAUGUUUACACUGGAUUCUGGACGGUUUUGUCUUUUAAUUUAUUGUUUUUGUUGGUGAAAAUUUUUACAUGAGAACAGCUGGAUUAGUUGGAUCGUUCAGCUUUUAGGAUGAUCAGAGAAGACUUGGAGGGCAGUCUGCGUGCGUGUGCGUGUGUGCGUGUGUGUGUGCGUGUGUGUGUGUGUGUGUGUGUGAAACUCAGUGACAUGUUGCCUUUAACCAAGCUGUGAAGAGAAGAGAUGCGGCUGCAGAAACCUGGUCCUGGUCCAACAGCGGUACGGCUCAGUAGAAAAGGCGGGCUUGGUCCAUGUUGCCUUAGUAACGAUGCACAAUAAGGAAUGUUUGGUUUCACUUAUCAGGUACAAGUGAUAUGCCAUUUGCAGGAAUGUUCUGGCACCACCAGUUUUUCAAUGGCUGUUAAAUAAAAAAGACUUUUUGAAAUUUUUUGUUUGUGCGCUUCACUAAAAUGGAGCUUUGUUUCAUUUGAUCACAUUUCUAAUGAGACUGAAGAGAAAUCAGACCUCACUGCAGAUAAUAACUUAAGGUGAGAAAGGGGAUAACAAUAAUAAAGCAAUUUAUUUGGAAGUAAGAAUGCCUAUACAGUAUAUACAGUACAUAUGACCGUCUGAAUACUACUGAGGAAAAGGAUUUUGCUAAACAAAAAGUAGAUCUGACUCCCCGACUGCUUUAGUGAACAAUCUUGUUUGUUUUCUUAAACACGCGGCGACAGAACGAGGGAUUCCCGACUGCUCUGGGAGUUUUAAGUAUACACAACGCAUCAAAAACAGGAAUCUGUACACCGAUGUCUCUAAAGUACGAUUGCACAACCCACAACAUGUUUGAAUGAAAACUCAACAUGAAACGAUGAACUAUCUAGUCCACUCUGCUACGAGUCGACUCGUUUUAGCUGCUGAGGAAGAGGAUUUCCCU